AUGUCUCAUCCCGAUUCCACACUCCCUCUGAACUACUUGAUUCGUCACUUCGAAAACAUGGCGUCCCAAAGCAAUCCUCAGUAUGUCCUCGACGAUGCGCAGCGCCGUGCCCUGCAACACCGCCUGCUCCUCGAAGAACAGCAGCGCCGCAUCGAGUCUCGCAAGAUGCUGGAAGCCUCGUACCGCGCCCCCAUCUGCCCCAACUACAGUGUCUUCGGCCACUCAGGUUGCUGGUAUUGCCACCAGAAUGGCAGUGUCCAGUCAUCAACCUCGACCGACAACCUCUUGAGAAGUCUGGCUCGCCCUCAGUUCCAGGCUACUCCUACUUCGGUCAAGACAGAAACGCCAUAUCUUCUCUCUUCGGCCUCGACUGCCUCAACCAUUCCUCUUAUCGACGACGAAAAUCAGGAGCCCUACCGCCAUCUCAUGUCCAGCAAGCCUCGCAUGCCCGAUCCUACUCCAACUAAGUCUGCUGCUGUCGCUCCUCUCCCGGUACUCCCCAAGUCCAGGCCUGCUCCUCCACUUCCUUGGAAAGAGCUUCCCGUCGAAAAAGAUUUCGUCAGCGUCUGCAUUCCACCUACCUUCACCCACUUCUUGUAUCUUCCUGUGGAAGUCCGCAAGCGCAUCUACGCCUACCUCGUCCACAAUGGCGAAGCCUAUCACCAAGCCCCCAUCACUCGUGUCAACCGUCAGAUCCGAAACGAGUCUAUCGAAAUGGUCUACACAGUGAAUGCCUACGACGCAAAGAAUCGCGAGCUUAUCAAAUACGGCCUCCUGUCUUUCAAGGAUCGUGUUGGAGAUGCCCGCUUGAAGCUCAUUCGCAACUGGGCGUGGUACACAGCAAAACGCCAUCUGUGCGUCGACUUCUCUACCGAUGGCAGAGGAUACCCUUACCAAAUCACCUACAAUGGUCCCCAAGGCAAUGACGAGAUCAACGCAGUGGCCAAAGAGAGAGCCAACCAAGUCUCCGACUACCUGAGGAGGCAAGGUGCCCUCAAUGGCUUCACGGCUGAGCAUGUGGGCGCUAUCAGCGAUAUUGUCCUUCGCAUCACUCCCAAGGCCAAGGCAAAGGCGAAUGGAGAGCCUACCAAGUAG